GUCUGAGCGCACCAGCGCUGCGUACAAGCACAGCAACCACAUCGCUCCCAGAGGAAAGCGGAGCACAGCGCAGCUACAGAUCGCCAUUUAGUUGUAGUGUGGCGAAUCCGAUCAGGAUGCCUCUUGGAGAGGAUGGAAAUGGAUGGAAAAAGAAGACAUCAGACAUCAAGGAACAUUAUGACUUCAAAGAAGUGUUGGGAACGGGUGCAUUCUCGGAGGUGGUUCUAGCAGAGGAGAAGAGGACUCAGAGGCUGGUGGCCAUCAAGUGCAUCCCCAAGAAAGCCUUGGAAGGCAAAGAGAACAACAUUGAAAAUGAGAUCGCAGUCCUCCACAGAAUCAAGCACCCCAACAUUGUUUCCCUGGAGGACAUCUUUGAGAGCACAUCCCAUCUAUAUCUUGUCAUGCAACUGGUGUCUGGUGGUGAGCUGUUUGACAGGAUCGUGGAGAAAGGUUUCUACACAGAGAGAGAUGCCAGCCAGCUUAUCCAUCAGAUCUUGGAUGCUGUCAAGUAUCUCCAUGAUAUGGGGAUAGUCCACAGAGACCUGAAGCCAGAAAAUUUGCUGUAUUAUAGUAUGGAAGAAGACUCCAAGAUUAUGAUCAGUGACUUUGGACUGUCAAAGAUUGAGGGAACGGGGAGUGUCAUGUCCACGGCCUGUGGUACUCCAGGUUACGUUGCUCCUGAGGUGCUUGCUCAAAAACCGUACAGUAAAGCAGUGGAUUGUUGGUCCAUAGGAGUUAUCUCUUACAUUCUGCUAUGUGGAUAUCCUCCGUUUUACGAUGAAAAUGACGCCAAGUUAUUUGAGCAGAUUCUAAAGGCAGAAUAUGAAUUUGACUCUCCAUACUGGGAUGACAUCUCAGAUUCAGCCAAAGACUUCAUCUGUCACAUGAUGGAAAAAGACCCUUUGAAAAGAUACACAUGUGAGCAGGCCCUGCUGCAUCCAUGGAUAUGUGGUGACACAGCUCUGGACAAGAACAUCCAUGAAUCCGUCAGCGCACAAAUCAGGAAGAACUUUGCCAAAAGUAAAUGGAAGCAAGCAUUUAAUGCCACGGCAGUUGUGCGCCACAUGCGGAGGUUGCAGCUGGGCACAAGUCUUGAGGGACCCAGUCAGAUUACUCCUACCAGCCCCUGCCAUGGACAUCUGCUCCCAGAGGAGGAGGUGGAAGAAGAAGAUGAUGAGCUAGGGAAUGAAGAGGAGGAGAGCUUGUCCCACUAUGAGGAUGGUCGCCGUGGAAGUAACGAGGGCAGCACAGAUCGGGACAGCCUGAGGAGUUGCACCUACUGCUGCAGGCCAACCAGCCGCAUCUGAGCACAGCCUACUGUUGUCAUGGUGACGUUGUAUCCCAGGAGCACCCAAAGCCCAUCCACCCAGUCUGGCCAGGAAUGCAGAGCAGAUAUCAGGCAGUCUCCACCAGAGAACAUCCACAGCCUGAAGGCCCCUUCUACAGUGUGGGCAAUACACACUGUAAGUCUUUGUUACACCACGAUUAAAGACAUGCUUUAACCCCAAAAGGGUAUGCAAGGCUGUUUUAAGCACACAGAUGGUCUUGUAUUUAUAAAAGGGUCUAACCUCAAUUAAACCCCCGCUAGCAAAACAUGCAGUUGGUCUUUGUGCAGACGUAGCAGAGUAUGACCAUUUUGCAGUGUGAACAUUACAACUCAUUCAGGGUGUUUGUUUCAGGAGAAAUGUAAGCUUCUGAAGCUUGAAUCAAUGAUUAGGAUUAAAAAGAUUUUUUUUUUUUUUUCAUUUUUUUUUUUUUUUGCCCUUCCAUCAUCUGUCACAUCUACCUCUAACCAUAGUUAUUGUGUGUCUAUAUCCACCUUAAUCACACACACUACGUUACUGGCAGCUUUUUCCAGAAAUCUGGCCAGACAGGUCACAAAGAAAACACUCUUUAAAGGGAAUCAGUGCUGAAAGCUACUCCUGCAUGUUUUUAUCCUCUUUACCCAUUAAUGUGACCCUGGUCACUGAUCACGUAGCUGAAUAUAAUCCCUGUCACAGUGUGUCUUUACUUUUAAUUCAAUCUGUCCAUUUACCUCUUACUGAUCAAACUUUUUUCUUAUAUUGUGAUUUAAAUGUUUCUGUCUUUUUUUUUUUAGAAUAAACUAUAAAUAGGAACUCCUUUUGUUUAAAGCCUUUCAGAAAGGAAGAUACUUGAAAGUAGCAGGUGAUUCUGGGGGUUAUGGACUCUAUAUUCUGGCUCAGACUGGGAUUUUGAAGGAUGGUUCUGACCUGAAGUAUCUGCAUGCCUCAUCUUGGGGAAAUCAUUGAAAUGUAUGAAUAUCAAAAGGAGAUUAUUUUGUUUGUUUGUUUGUUUUAUGGCUGUUCUGUUACCAGAGGCUCAAACUGAGAUCCCAAUAUGUCUGCAUAUCCAUUGGCUCCCAUCUUGUCAAGAGGAUUGAUUAGAGGAGAAAUAAUAUUAAUAAACCACCCUGUUUUUGGAAGGAAACCUUCAUAACAUGCUCAUCCUCAUUGUUCUGUUUAUGAGAAGUGACUAAAUAUCCGCCAGCUGUCAGUAUCUGGUUCUGGCUCAGGUCCGGCUCAUGCAGAGCCGGAGGGAUCUCAGUCUGGGUCUGCUCUGUGCUGUGCACCUUUUAGUGGAAGAAGUUUUGGUCUACUGUUUGCAUGACCUGGUUAAAUAUGUUUACAUGAAUGAUGAUGAAUUAGUAUAAACACACAUGAUUAUUAUUACUCUGUUGUAUUGAAAAAAAAGAUGUAAUACUGUAAUUUUGAGCUAUAUAAUGUGAAGUGAGUAACACCAGAAGUAAUGUUGGUGACAAAAUACAACACGGCACAGUGGACUUCUCAUUUGCAUUGACUAUGAUGGCCAAGUCUCUAUCUGAGUGACAUUUCUCCUGUUCUGUGUUUAUUAAUAACUCUGUUUUCCUUGCUUGCUUUGUCUUUUGAUAUUCACUCGCUAGAGAAGGAGAAAAAAACAAAGAAAUAAAAAAAACAAAACAAAACAAAAUAAAAAAACAUAUCAGCCACAGAGCAAAAUAUAUAAAAAAAUGUCAGGGUGCUGGAAGCAUUAUUCGUCUGCACACUUAACAUCAGUCCUCCUGAGCGAAAGACCUCCACAACUUAAGCCAUACAGAGAAAUGAUUAUGUUUUAUAACAGAUUAUGAUAGGUCAUAUUUUUGUCAUGUAUGACUCAAUUAAAGAAUGACUAUGAUUCUACAAUAGAUUUAAUACAGAUAAAAGUAUUAACUACAACUACAUGGACAAAUUCGAUUUCCCUGAUCUUGAUAUUAAUCAUUUUGUGCCAUUAUAAAAGCAAAGUAUACCAUAACUGAUUCAAUUCUUCUCAUUACUUUGAAAAUCUGCUCCACCAAUCCAUCCACCUGGGUUGAUAUUUUGUUGCACCUGUAAUCACUGAAACAUGCUGGUCCACAGUAGAGGAAAAAGAGGGCAAUCACUCUGGAUUUACAUGACUGUAAUUGUGGAAAAUAUGCAAACUGUGUUUGAAGGGCUUCAUGUUAACUGUGUGAUAGCCAUUAUUGAUGACUUUGAUAACCUGGCUAUUUUAUGUUUGGAAAUUACCUUUUGUUGAACCUUUCCUGGGAUUUGUUUCCACUUGGCUGUUUUUUUAAAAGCUUCUCUUACCCAUUACAAACACAUCUAAAUGCAUAAAGAAAGACACACACACACACACACACACACACACACACACACACACACACACACACACACACACAUAAAAGCAU